AUGAUAAGAAUCCAUGUGACUUAUGACGAAAUCAAGCGGAUUAUUUCCUUUCCGAAGGGAGAAGAAGUUUAUAAAUUGCGCCCUCAUUUCAUCCUGGCCUUCUCUGAUGUGUUAUCGGGUGAUAUUGCUCCUGAGCAUGUCACUUUUCAAGAGUUCCAUGAGGACUUUAAAGACUUCGCGGAACUUCGUUCAGAUGCAACGCUCGACAAUGACAUAAAAAUCCGAGCCAUAACAUUAAAAACGCCGAAAAAGGUGUCUGUGUAUUCGAUAUCAUCAACAUUACCCCCUGAGGUAAAGCCUCAUCCCAUUAAGCAGUACGUACGUUACCGCUUCUGGAAUCUGGUCUGUAACGGUUUGAUUCGAAUAGAUGUAUCGACUGGAACACCAAGGGUAAAAGGAAAUGGUAGUUUUGGAAACAACCCAGACACGAUUGUGCAAGCUGAAGCAAUUGGUUUUGACUUAUUUCAUAUAUAUUUCAAAUAUGGUGAAUUGAAAAUGUACAUUACAUCACAGGGUGAAGGAAAGACAAUCACUGCAGAGCCGAGUCCAACAAAAUAUUCAGAGUUUACGCCUGACUAUUACUGGAGCUACACACUUUUUAAGAGCAUGGCACCGGAGAACGAAAAUUUGUACCUCGGCUGUGAGAAAAACCAAAAUAUGACCCUGGUGCGCAUGUCCAGUGUUCAAUACCCAGUUCCACAAGCUCUGUUCAUUGUCACCCAAGAAUGAUAUUGAAAAUAAGCCAUGAACGAUUACGUUUAUUUCUUUAACCAAGUUAUAGCAAGUCUUUAGUAAGCGAAAAAUGUAUCAAAUUUUAGUGACAAUUGUACUUGUAAUUAAGUUCAGCAAGAUGCACCCUAGUGGUUUUCAAAAGGAGGCAGUGAAACCGCAGUAAGUUUCCCGAAGUCCUAUUUCUACAUUUAAUCAUUUGCAUUGUUGACAGGAAGUGAGGUUGCCGGCUACUUUCGCAAGUUUGAGGCCUCCUCUUAUAGGGCUUUCUUUAUUAGCUUCUGAUUUAGUUUAGUUUCAAAACAAAUAAAUGAAAUAUAAAAUCAUGGUUCAUCCAUCUGCAUUAUGAUCUUGUCUUUA